GUGUUUUUUGGCUUUAGCUGAAAGGAGGUCAUUUGUUAGUCGGGUUAAAGCAGUUUCGGUGGAGUGUUGUUGUCUAAAACCAGAUUGUAGGGGAUCCAGGAGGUUAUUGUCAAAUAACAUAUAAAUAAAUUAUAAAAUAUAAUAUAAAUAUUAUGAAAUAAACAGGGAAUUAUAAAAUAAAACAGAAUCAAAUAAGCAGUUUUAUGCAAAUAAACAAUGAGCGAAAAACUGACAUUUUAUCACGCAUUCUAUCACACACACACACACACCCCUUUUUUUUUAUUUUUUUUUAUUUUAAAUUGCACUUCAUGUUUUAACCACUAGCUGUCAUCAGGACUCUUACUUUGUGACUAUACUGUAUAAUUUCACAUAAAUUAGAGGUGCAGAUAUAACUAGUUUAGCUUUUCAGCUUGCUGAAAAACACUGAUAUUGUCUUCUGUUUGUUUAGACAAGCCUGGACUGGCAAUCUGUGGAUUCUGGCAAAUGUCAGAGUGACUGCUAUAAAGAUGCUAUAGGCAGUCACUAUUUAGUGGGCUGGUGGGGAGUAGUUUAAGCCUCUACUUACUUGAAAUGCCAGGAUCUAUUUUGAUUUUUAGUUCGGACCUGUUCAGGGCUAUUCAACUUGGGCCUAUGUCCCAUGGUGCCUGUGUGCUCCAUAGACAGCUGUGUAUGACACCAUAAUUAAAUGUAAUCUGCCUGAUAGCAACUUAUUGCCCCUUUUCAAGAAAUUAUUUUAAGUGUUUAAGUAUUUGAUAAAGAUGUAUUUUCCCCUGUAUUAUUUUUUUGUUUUAAUGGUGUUUUAAACCUAACAGGCUAUGUGUACCCAAACCUCCUGUCCCAACCAUAUCCCCUCUAUAUUACAAAUCUGAGGGUCAUAUUAACCCCCCUCUUCCCUUUGAUAACUAGACAUAUUUAUUAUUCAAUUCAAAUGAAAAGAGUAUUACCUGACUAGUGCUGGACUGGCAAUCUGUGUGUGGAUUCUGGCAAAUGCCAGUGGGGCUGCUGUAAGAUGCCAUAAACAGUGACUAUUUAUUGGGCUGAUGGGGGGCUGUUUGGACCUCUCUACUUGAAAUACAAGGGCCUAUUUUAUGUGUGCUGUAUAGUAGCAAAAGGACUGCAUUUGGAGGGCAGCUUUUAUUCUUUUGCAGAAUCUUUUAUAUUUUUGUAAGCCAAUCUUUAUUGAUUUGGGUACAGGUUUUGCUUUACAGUGUGACUAAAAAUACAAUACACAGCAUAAUUAUGUAACAAGAAAAAGCAACACUACACAGUACUUGUCAGAAUACCACACAGCAAUACUUAAACCGUAACCUAAUGUACUCUUUUUGAAGACAGUGUCCCCUGUACAUGUAAUGGCUUCCUGCUUGUUUCUGCUUUCUCCUUGGCUGGGUGUGCUGCUGGCAAGACAAACGCUACACACCUCUAUGCUUUUGGCCCGACUUGUUAAAUUCCGCUGGGUUUAGCAACCUGCCCUUGUCAAAUUACGGUAACUCCUGCCUCUUUGGCACACCCUUCUGUAUUUUCUCCUGCCAGUAAGGACGCAAGGGCUCUCAUCUGUUUUCCUGUUGGUUAAUUCCUAAAAGACGGGGGCAGGGGGAGGUUGUUUUAUAAACAUAUUUGGACUUUCCCGGAGCAACAGUGGUAUGAGUUUUUCUGGGCGGUAGAGGCUUAGAAACUUGUCUUCCCCCCGCAUCUGGGAACACAAAGAGAGCGAGUUGAACGUUAACAAAAACAUCACACAAGUUCUUAUAUCCUGGCUCUUGUUCCCUGCUCAGACAGGAUGAUUGUUGAGCGCUUUACUGAGGACUGGACUGAUCUGCAGGAUCAGGACCUGUCGAUGAUGAGCAGCCCCAUGAAUCUGGCGUAUUUCUAUGCGGGAUCCCCUGUUUCGGAUUCUUGUGGAUCCUCCCCGAUCCACUACUAUUCCUCCUCCGCUCCUAGUUCCCCAGGCUCGGACACUGAGGUGCCAGGGAGUCUGAAUGCAUCCUGGCCUCACACUAAGAAAGCUGGGCAUCUUGUAGGGGGUUGUCAGCAUAAAGGAACAUUCAAAGGUGUUCGUGUAAAGAAUUCUGUGAGAGGACUCCUUAUGCAGCUAAGAAGUAAAACCGUUCAAGAAAGAACAAAUGAUAUACAAAAACUCCAAAAUGAAAUGAGCUGUGAACAGUACACAGAAUUGAAAAACAUCUUAAACAAAAAACGGGCUCAUGAUUUUCCUUUGGAAGGACCAGUUACAAAAAAGCAGUGCUCUUUUCAACCUAGCUUAUUCUUGACUCCUCCAAGUACACCAAAAUCAAAUGAAAAUAUGGAUGAUACACCGAAAAGUGAUAACGAUUUGCUUCAAAGUCUAAUAAACAUAAAGAAUGAAUCAAAACCAGUCUCUUUAAAUACUGUGCAAGUUAGCUGGCUGGAAAAUGUGCUACAAUUUGACAGUACUCAAGAAACACCAUACCAAGAUGUUCCAGAGUCACAUGCUUUUCCCUUGUCUCAGACAUUCCAAGCCUGCUCCCCACCUCAAAUAAGUGAGCCAUGUCUGUUUCCUCUGCAAUAUCCUGAGGUUUCUCUGCACUGUAAUACUGAGUAUAAUUUCCAAGAUAGCACUUCAGUAGGGGCUGCAAACCAGAGUUAUCUACCUUUUCCAAAUGAGGAAUUUUCAGACUGCCACAUUCAAAGCUUGAUGUCUCUACUUGUGGGUCCAGAGCAUUCCCCGGAAGUAAAGUCAAGUCCACCAGCUCAGAAUUACUGCCCUACCCAUGUGCCCCCACAGAUGUGUGUUCCAGAAAGAAAUAAUUCUUUUCAGAUGGGCAAAACAUUCUUCCAUUGGCAGAUUGAACAAGAAGAUAAGAAAAUGGCCAAUGUUACCCAGGAGCAGCUUCUUUUUAAGGAUUCUGAUGGUGACACGUACCUUCACAUUUGUGUUGCACAAGGAAGAAGAGCAUUGUGUUAUGUCAUUGCACGGAAGAUGGCUGCCCUUAAUAUGUUGGAUAUAAAAGAGCGAAAUAACCAGAGUGCAUUGCAAGUUGCUGUGGCUGCCAACCAGCAUCUAAUUGUUCAAGACUUAAUUAGCCUUGGAGCCCAGGUGAACACUAUAGAUUACUGGGGAAGAACACCUCUGCAUGUCUGUGCUGAAAAGGGCUACUUCCUAGUUUUACAGGCAAUUCAGAAAGGUGCUUCUGAGAACAACCAGCAUUUAGAUGUAGAGCAAAAAAAUUAUGAAGGUCUGACAGCUCUGCACUGUGCAGUGAUUGCCCACAAUGCAGUAGUGCAGCAGUUACAGAGAAAUCUGCAGGAUCGUACCCCUGAGACAGAGGAACUUGUCAUAAAGAACAAGGCAAUGGUUGACACAGUUAAAAUGCUUCUUCAGAUGGGUGCUUCUGUUGAAGCCAAGGAUACUAAAAGUGGACGCACUGCUCUACACCUGGCUGCAGAAGAAGCAAAUCUUGAAUUGCUUAGUCUUUUUCUGGAGUUGCCAAGAACACUGGCUUUCAUAAAUGAAAAGGCUUACAAUGGAAACACUGCUCUCCAUGUCGCAGCCAGUUUGCAGUACCGAAAAACCCACCUUGGAGCUGUUCGGCUCUUAAUGAGGAAGGGUGCAGAUCCUAGUGCUAGAAACCUGGAGAAUGAGCAGCCCGUUCACUUGGUUCCAGAUGGACCAGUGGGGGAAGAGAUAAGGAGGGUACUCAAAGGAAAAUCAGCCCAGCACCGGACAUCCCUUUACUAGCCUCUACUGGACUUUCUAUCAGCACCCACUGCUAGUUAAGCAGUCUUUUAUCUGUAAAGAGAUUUGUCUAGUGGCAAAUGUAUGUUGGUUUCUAUGAAACUGAAAAAGUUAAAGCUAUUAUAUAGUUACUUAUACACACCAGAGGCUUUGGAACAUCCUUUGCUUCAGACCGUUUGUUUUGUUAAUUGGAAUCUUUCCUUCACUUACAUUAUCUCCAUACAACUACAGAUUUCACUUUUGUAUAUUAAAAAUCCCAUCCAUUUUGUUAAAAACAUUUCAAUUGUUGUGUAAUAAGCCUACAUUUUUCAACCUGUUAAGUUGCAAUUUUUAUUUUAGUAAAUAUUAUGAAUUUAGAAUUGUUGUAAGUGUACCUGUAGUUUUCAAAAUAUAUCUACAAUGUACAAGAAUAAAUGUUCAGUACCUGCUACAAUUGAAAAUCGAUAUUUGAGAGGUUGGGGGGAAUUGUUAGGUGGAUCCUUAAAGGACAUGUAAACCCCACACACAAAAAUGUUAUCAGUGAACAGCCUCUUUGAAAUCUUUCAAUACCUGCCAUUCUGACUGUCCAGAGGUUAAUAGUAAGGCUGCAGCAUCCCCUUAAUCACUUAGAUUUCCUUCUCCUGUAUAUAUAUAUGUGUGUAUAUUAUUUGAUCUUCAAUAAAAGAAACCAUUUAAAUCUUAA